UCGGCCACUAUAGGCACCGCCGCGGGGAGGGGACACCUGUCCUCCGCCGCACUCUGACCUCCCCGCCCACGCCCACGCCGCGGGAGAGCGAGAGCACCCGCACCAAGGCUAGCCGCGGCGGCGACUAGGCGAGACAGGUAGCAGCUGCCUGCCUCCGCCCACCGAACCCCACCACCACCACCGAGGCGGAGGAGGCGGAGGCGCACGGCAGCACAGUCCCUUGCCUUCCAAUUCGGUCGUCCCACGCAUCGAUUGCGCCCGCGCACGCGCGCCCCCGUCGCUUUGCCGUCUCCGCCCGCCCGCCCCGGAAGCAACCUAUAUAGAGCGCCGCGAAUCCCGCCCGGCUUCCCCGUCACCGCGCCGCAGCGGGAAGGUUGAGGGGGGCGGAUGGAUCUGAAGGACGGGGAGCGGCGGGGGGCGGCGGGGCCAGGCCCGCUGUCGAGGCAGGGGUCGAUCUACUCGCUCACGUUCGACGAGUUCCAGAGCACGCUCGGCGGGAUGGGCGGGGGGCUCGGCAAGGACUUCGGCUCCAUGAACAUGGACGAGCUGCUGCGGAGCAUCUGGACCGCCGAGGAGAGCCAGGCCAUGGCGUCAGCGUCCGCCGCGGCCUCCGCGUCCGCGGCGGGGGCCGCGGGGGAGGACGGCGCCGCGCUGCAGAGGCAGGGGUCGCUCACCCUGCCGCGCACGCUCAGCGUCAAGACGGUGGAUGAGGUCUGGCGGGACUUCGUCCGCGAGGGCCCGGCGCCGGGGGCGGCCGGCGGCGGGGCGGAGCCGCAGCCCAACCGGCAGCCGACGCUCGGGGAGAUGACGCUGGAGGAGUUCCUGGUCAGGGCCGGCGUCGUCCGGGAUAACCCCACCGCGGCGGCGAUGGCGGCGGCGGCGGCGGUCCCCGCGCAGCCGGUGGCUCCGCGGCCGAUUCAGGCGGUCAGCAAUGGCGCCUCCAUCUUUUUCGGCAACUUCGGCGCCGCCAAUGACGCCGGCACGGGCGCGAUGGGUUUCGCGCCGGUGGGGAUUGGGGAUCAGGCCAUGGGCAACGGGCUCAUGCCUGGGGUGGCCGGGAUGGCGAGUGCUGCUGUCACUGUGAGCCCCGUGGAUACGUCGGUGGCCCAGCUGGAUUCCGUGGGCAACGGGAACGGGGACCUGUCCUCGCCCAUGGCGCCGGUGCCAUACCCAUUUGAGGGAGUGAUAAGGGGGAGGAGGAGCGGUGCAGGUGUGGAGAAGGUGGUGGAGCGGCGGCAGAGGAGGAUGAUCAAGAACAGGGAGUCUGCUGCUAGAUCCCGUGCCCGGAAGCAGGCAUAUACCAUGGAGUUGGAAGCUGAAGUUCAGAAACUCAAGGAACUAAAUGCGGAAUUGCAGAAGAAGCAGGAUGAAAUGAUGGAAAUGCAGAAAAACCAGGUCCUGGAAGUGGUCAGCAAUCCGUAUGCACAGAAGAAACGCUGCCUGCGAAGAACAUUGACAGGUCCCUGGUAACUGAGUUGUUGAUGCUCGAACUUGACAAGAUAUUUAACAUUAUGGUACUUGUACAUAUCGUCAGGAUUUGGUGAACCCGAAUUUCUGUUGUAUAUUAGCGAUCAACAGAGUCGAGUGUACUAGUGCUUAAUUUUCUUAUCCUGUCACUAUGCCUCCUUGAGUUCGUUCUUCAAGUCUGCUGGCUUUAUUGCUCUUC